UGCGCCGCCCCCAUGUACAGCUCCAUCGUCAGCCUGGCCCUGGCAGACCUCCUCUACCUCUCCACCAUCCCCUUCAUCGUCUGUACCUACCUGGCCCAGGACUGGUACUUCGGGGACCUGGGGUGCCGCAUCCUGCUCAGCCUCGACCUGCUCACCAUGCACGCCAGCAUCUUCACCCUCACCCUUAUGUGCACUGAGCGCUACCUGGCCGUCACCCGGCCCCUGGACACCCUGAAGCGGUCGCGUGGCUACCGGAAGGAGGGCAAGGUGAAGAGGAUGUGUGCGCCUACCUGGAGCGUGGACGCCUACCGGACCUACCUGACGGUGCUCUUCAGCACCAGCAUCAUGGCCCCGGGAAUCAUCAUUGGCUUCCUCUACACGCGCCUGGCCAGGACCUACCUGGAGUCCCAGAGGAACCCCCCCCACAAGGAGAAGAGCAAGAGAUCCCCCCGGCAGAAGGUCCUCAUCAUGAUUUUCAGCAUCGUGCUGGUCUUCUGGGCCUGCUUCCUGCCAUUUUGGAUCUGGCAGCUGGUGCGACUCUACAGCAGCUCCCUGCAGCUCACCACCCAAACCCAGAAGUGCAUUAACUACCUGGUGACCUGCCUGACCUACAGCAACAGCUGCAUCAACCCCUUCCUCUACACCUUGCUCACCAAAAACUACCGGGAAUACCUGCGCAACAGGCACCGCAACUUCUACAGGUUCACAUCCUCCUUUCGCAAGAGGGGCUCCAACCUGCAGUGCUCCUGGGGACGGUCCAUGUCCUCCAGCAACCAGUAUGACUACAGCUCAGAGGCCCUGGGCAUGGCCACGCUGAAGGACAAGUGA